AUGGCAGGGCAAGCGGCCAAGAAGGCGCAGAAGGCCGGGCAGAGCCUCAGCGCACGCCUUCACAAGUCGAUCGUGCCCAUCAACGCCGCGUACAUUGCAUACCGCAUUUUGUGGCACUACGCGACGUUCUCCAAUUGGCACAUGUGGGGCUACGGGCUUCUCUUGACGAUGACGUACUUGAGCUACACCAUGGCUGUGGGCUCGGCCCUCGAGGGCACCAACAACGA